AUGACUGCAACUCUUCAGGGGGGGGGCUUUGAAUUUUCUUACCGCUGCUCUUCUGCUGCCGCUACAGCAGCACGCAGCAGCAGCCGCAACAACAGCAGCAGCAACAGCAGCAGCAGCAGCAGCAACAGCUGCUGCUGCAGCACCGAGUUUACUCUUCUUGCAGCAUCAGCCCAGCUGUAUCUACGCCUUUCCUCCGUGCAACAGCAGCAGCAACAGCAGCUGGCGCAGCAGCAGCAGCAGCAGCAGCUGGUGCAGCAGCAGCCGCAGCAGCAGAAGCCCUUUGCUGUCCCCUUCCAGAGGAGACGCAUCAUCCUGCUCUUCACUAGCAGCAGCAAAACGAGCAGCAGCAGCAGCAACAGCAGCAGCAAAGCGAGCAGCAGCAGCAGCAUUAACAGCAGCAGCAAAACGCCGAUUGCACUGUGCGGCUUCCUCGAUGUCAUCUCAGAAGAAGGCAAGGGGCAAGAAGGCCGCAGCAGCAGCGAAGAGCAGCAGCAGCAGCAGCAGCAGCAGCAGCAGCAGCAGCAACUUGCCUGCUUUUAUGAGGCUCAAUCCUGA